AUGGCUGUGGUGCAGACACAUGGCUGUCGUGCAGACACAUGGCUGUCGUGCAGACACAUGGCUGUCGUGCAGACACAUGGCUGUGGUGCAGACACAUGGCUGUCGUGCAGACACAUGGCUGUCGUGCAGACACAUGGCUGUGGUGCAGACACAUGGCUGUGGUGCAGACACAUGUCUGUGGUGCAGACACAUGGCUGUGGUGCAGACGCAUGGCUGUCGUGCAGACACAUGGCUGUCGUGCAGACACAUGGCAGUCCAACAGUGCAACAGCAAGAGUGCAACAGCAACAGUGCAACAGCAAGAGUGCAACAGCAACAAAGCAACAGCAACAGUGCAACGGCAACAGUGCAACAGCAACAGUGCAACAACAACAGUGCAACAGCAACAGUACAACAGCAACAGUACAACAGCAACAGUGCAACAGCAACACAACAGCAGCACCAGCACUUGCAGCAGCACCAUCCACAGCAGCACCAGCCACAGCAGCAGCAGCAGCAUCAGCAGCAGCAGCACCAGUCACAGGCCCAGCAGCAGGCCCAGCAGCAGGCCCAGCAGCAGGCCCAGCAGCAGGCCCAGCAGCAGGCCCAGCAGCAGGCACAGCAGCAGGCCCAGCAGCAGACCCAGCAGAAGGCCCAGCAGCAGGCCCAGCAGCAGACCCAGCAGCAGGCCCAGCAACAGGCCCAGCAACAGGCCCAGCAGCAGGCCCAGCAGCAGGCACAGCAGCAGGCCCAGCAGCAGACCCAGCAGAAGGCCCAGCAGCAGGCCCAGCAGCAGGCCCAGCAGCAGACCCAGCAGCAGGCCCAGCAGCAGACCCAGCAGAAGGCCCAGCAGCAGGCCCAGCAGAAGGCCCAGCAGCAGGCCCAGCAGCAGGCCCAGCAGCAGCCCAGCACACGUCAUUAG